CCUUCAACAACCACCGAAGAUGCGCAAAACCCUCAUUUUCGCAGGGAGCUCUGUCCCUGAGCUCACAAAUCAGAUAUGCACAAAUCUAGGAAUGGCACCGGCCGGUGUCGAGCUGUCGCAAUUUGCGAACGGCGAGACGAGCGUCAAGAUCCUCACCAGCAUUCGAGAGAAGGAUGUCUUCGUCGUCCAGUCUGGCAGUUCAAAGAUCAAUGAUAGCAUCAUGGAGCUCUUGAUUCUUAUCUCGGCGUGCAAAGGCGGUUCUGCUAACAAAAUCACUGCUGUCCUACCAUACUUCCCAUAUAGCCGACAAUCUAAGAAGAAGUCACACCGAGGCGCGAUUACUGCUCGCAUGCUUGCCAAUCUUCUCAAUGUUGCUGGUGUCAACCACAUCAUCACGAUCGAUCUACAUGCAUCUCAAAUGCAGGGCUUCUUCAAAUGCCCUGUUGACAAUCUUCACGCGGAGCCGUUAAUAGCAAGGUGGAUAAGGCAUAAUGUCCCGGGAUGGAAGGAAGCAGUAUGCGUAUCGAAGAACGCGGGCGGAACAAAGAGGGUCACGUCAUUGGCGGAUGCGUUGAAGUUGAACUUCGGAAUGGUCACCACAGACCGAAGGCGAGGCGGUAACAUGAGUUCAAGCAUGAUAUUCAGCUCCCUUGACCAAAACCCACCGCCUAACGACAAUGAUACCCGGAAUGACGAAGUUGACGGCGAACCGGACCUAUCUAUCCCUCUCAGCGCCGUCACACUCGACUCGGAGCCAACAUCUGGCCCAACUUCCAACCCCACCCCUUCUCACUCCCGUCACGAAAGCUCAUCAUCAACUCGCGCCUCAAAUAUAACAUCAGCUAGUCGUGUGCCCUUAAGUGGACCAACCUCUGCUGCGCGCUCCCCUCUUACUCGAUCCGUCACCACCCCCAUCCCUUUCUCACACACCGAAGACGACGAAUACACCGACGAGCGCGCCCGGGAAGUUAUCCAUGGCCGUCUUGUACACGGUCACAUCGUGCCGGACGACUACCCCUCUCCCACCACCUCCGCCAUGUCGAACUCCAUGAUUUUCGACCGCCCGGAAGAUGACCCCCUCGAAAUCUCGCGCGUCUCGAGCUUUUUCAACCCUGAACCCUACGCACUCGGUGGCUCGCACGACGCCGCGGAAAGCAGCGACGAGGAGGGCGACGAUCCCGUCAACCACGAUCUGGAGAAGAUGAUCACCCUCGUCGGAGACGUCAGGGGUCGCUCAGUAUUCAUUGUGGACGACAUGAUCGAUAAGUGGGGAAGCUGGGUCGCCGCAGCCGAAGCGGUUGUCAAGCGUGGCGGGGCGAAGAAGGUAUACAUCAUCGCGACGCACGGUCUAUUCGGCGGCGACUCUCUCGAGGAGCUCGAGAAGUGCGACUGCAUCGACGUAAUCUUGGUGACGAACUCGUUCCCCAUCCCCGAGGAGCGCGCGCGCGCAAGCAAGAAGCUCGUCGUGCUCGAGCUAGCCGGGCUUCUCAGCGAAGCCAUCCGGAGGAACCAUUACGGCGAGAGCAUCUCGGCGCUGUUUCAACAUAUUAGCGAUUAGGUUUGUGGACUGGACGGGGCG